AUGAGGCCCUUUUCUCCCGCAUUGACGGUGAUCCUUUUGCCCUGGCAGUCGCCGAAGACAGCGACGCAACGCUCUUCUCGCCUCUGGGUCGGCCGGAGCUUGGCCAUGGUACGCCGCGGUGCUAGCGCGUCCAGCAUCUCCAUCCAGGGAGAUGGGCCAGGGAGAUGGGCCAUGCUUCGCCAGGUUCGCAGGUUCGCAGGCUCGCAAGCUAGUGUACUCCGGAGAGACGGCUCACGGCCCGUCGAAGCUCGAUCGAACAUGGAUCGGGUUGGCCUGUGCCAUGGCCGAUUGGGAAUAGCGGCGCCUCAAAGACUGGGCAGCACACUUCACGGGACAAGGCUACACGAGGCCGACAGGGCCAUGUCGCCCCCAGCUGGUGAGACAACGGCCCGGAGUAGCAAUGGACUAUGGAGAGCGCGGGGAGCGCUGGUGGAGAGAGGCACGCACUCGAAUCGCUCGAUGGAGACUGGCAACACGGCGACAAGCCCAAACGGUGCAUGGCGCUGGGCGCUCCGGGCAGCAGGGUCACAUUGUGGCACGUCGUGGCGGAGGGCAAGGAAGGGUGAGGAGAGCACAGACGACGAGGUCGAGGCCAGGAUGGACGGCGCGGAGCCGAGAGAUGGAGUCGAUUAA